AUGCCAACAAUGGAUGGCUUGCCGCCGUCCGCUCGAGGUGGGCACACGACGUUGCUGGCAGGCCAGCGUAUCGUAGUGUUUGGUGGACAUUACUUUGGCGGCGAAGGGUCGUUUGUGUACCUGAAUGACACGCACGCGCUGGACUUGGAGACGUCGACGUGGUGUCAAGUCAAGUGUGAAGGCAAACCUCCAGCCCCUCGAUACAACCACACGGCCACUUUAAUCGGGACGAAAAUGUUUGUUUUUGGCGGCAAAGGGGCCAAGGGGGCGCUGUAUCGCGACAUGUUUUACUUGGACCUGGAGACGUGGCACUGGUUCAGCGUGAAUUGGACCACCGAGUCCCCGUCCGAGCGAUUCAGUCACUCCGCCCUGGCCGUCGGAAACAAACUGGUCAUUUUUGGCGGAUGGGACGGAACCAACAAAACGUUCAAAGACUUGUGGGUAUUUGACACCGAGUCGUUUGCAUGGAUCAAGCCCAAGGUCACUGGCACCCCCCCGCCUCCUCGGCACGGCCACACGAUGGUACUCCUCGAGGACGGCCGCAUUCUCGUGUUUGGGGGGUAUGCGUUGAAAACCACCCCUGGCGACAUCACGGGCGAGUACUUUAACGACGUGUACACGUUGGACACGGAAACGAUGGUGUGGACUCGCCCCCGAACGACGGGGGAUUUCCCCCUCGGGACGUUUGGGCACAGCGCCAGUGUCUUUGACGGCCACAAGCUGUACGUGCUUGGGGGCUGGUCUGGCACAGAACGAAGUCCACUCUUCUUGGGUGACAAACCGCUGCAAGAAACCGCCAAAACGCUAGCUCGUGAGCAGCGCCUUCAAAGCGGGGCCGACGUCAGCGUCAAGUCGUUCAAAUCCGAUUUGGCGAAGUCGAAAUAUGUCCAUGUCUUUGACUGUGCCGCCAUGGAGUGGUCAUCCCCACUUGGCGCGGGGGUGCCAGUGUCGAAUCGGUAUGGUCACACAUGUACGGUCGUGGGUCCGCAUCUGUUUCUAUUUGGGGGGUGGGACGGCAACCGGGCGCUGCACCAGCUCGUGGUGGCGGACUUGCCCACUACUGCGCAUGCAUAA